AUGUCCAGUGACGGCUCAGACACUUGGUUCACUGCAAUAAGCAAGGGGGAUGUCCAGAAAGUCAGAGAACUUAUUGAUACGCAUUCUGGGACGGUCACGGACAACGGAGAGACGGGCUUAAUGGUAGCAGUUCGAUCUGGAAAUUUGGACUGUGUUAAGCUCCUGGCAAGCAUUGAAUCCGGACACCUUUCUCCAGAAGGAUACUCAGCCUUAUCAUUAGCUGCAGCCGCUAACAGCGCCUUGGUGUGCGAAGCCUUGGUGUGUUUUGAAGCCGAACACAAGCUACCACACGGCUCCAACGCUCUGAUUGUCGCAGCAAAGCAUGGUGCACUGGCUUCAGUACGGGUGCUCACAAAGCAUAUUGAUGCGUCCUUGGCUGAUGUGGAUGGGCUUACUGCUUUGGAUUACGCCGUUCAGAGAAACUAUUCGAAGUGUGCUCUAGCCUUACUAUCGACCAACCGCUUCACCAUAGCAGAGAUAGAAAAGUCGUUACUAUCCGCUAGUGCCGGUGAAUACUCCGAAACAAUCCGUGUUAUCACAAAUGCACUGCGUUUAAAGUAUAGCAAGAGACAAAAGGAUGACGAACUGGUUGAAAUCUUGAGCAAAUUUGUCAAUCAAGCCGCAGUACUUGUACGUCUUCAAGCUGAAAACGCUUCUCUUAAAGCCACAGCCGAUUGGCUCAAGUUGCAGCGUCCUGAUAUCUCAUCAACUACCCCAACUAACUCAGAUGCCUUGCCAUUAGAUACUACUGUUACUGAACUCAAACACUGCAUCCUAAGGCAAAGCAACAAGAUCUGCGCCCUUGAAACACGGAUUGCCCAGAUGCGUGAAGGGCUCCUUGUCAUAUCCCCUGAGCUGGGUGACUAUGAAUUAGAUAUGUCUGCAGUUCGCCUUCGCGAAGCAGAGAUACGGUGCUUGAAGGCUAAUCUUUCCAAAUCAAUUGAUAAUCCGGUUGAGGUAAAGAAUUCAAGUCUUUUGGAUAACUUAGCUGAUUACUACGUUGAUGAUUUUAAUUGUCCUCAAAGGAACAAUUAUCAAUUAAGUGAUAUGGAUGACAGUAUUUCUGACAUCUCUAUUCCGGGAUCUCGACCUAAUUCUACCGCACGCGUUCCUCCAGAUGACCUUAAGUCUGUUGAGUCCAACUCAAUAAUAGAGUUUCUCGACAGCGUUCGGGAACGUGCUGCCAAAGGAAAGACUUUGCAAAGGACUCAGGACUCUCCUCUGCGGUUUUCACGCCAAAAAGAUCCAGAUGCGUUUACUACCCAAAUGAGAAGAAAAAAGUCAUGUUCAGAAGAGCCCAAUUAUACUACUACACAGUCAAGACAAGCCGAUGAGUCAGAUAUUGGUAUUUUACAGCAGGAAGUCGUGGAUUUGCGUUCCAUUCUUGAAAAGUAUGAAACAGAUCGCUUGGCAAAGUCAUUUGUUCAUGGAUCGCCAGCUACAGACCUUCUUGCUAAUUCUGUACUGGGAGACCCUCAAUCUUUUCGCCUGGCUGAAUCCCUCAGAAAGACCAUGUCUCCUGGGCUUUUUGACGGACGGGCAAGGUCAUAUCAACCCACUUCUAAGCCCAAAGAGCGCAGAUUAUCUAUCAGCGUGUUGUCGGGAAUUAACUACGACCCUGUAGCAACAGAGAAUGUUAUCAAUCAGGCAAUUGAUAAUAUGGAUUCAGGGUCGUUCACCGAUUCCCUUACCAGAGAGCACACUUCUGUGUCCGCUUCUGCGCUGAAGUCGAAGAUAGAACACCUGAAGGAAAGGAUGCAACACGUAAAGAAACCUCCUAGGGCAAUUACUACGAUCAGUGAAGCUCCAGAACUGGACUCUGAGGGAACCAAAAUGCCAGAGAAAACAAUCAUAAAAGAAGCCGUCUCAUCCGUUAUAACUCUUGCCAACCAACCAGCUCAUUCUGUUCUUGAAGACUUCAUAGCCCUUGAUAGAUACAAGCAAGCGUUCUAUGAAAAGACGCUAACCAAUAUGGAGGCAUACCUUAUUACAGUAGAACUAAAGAUGAAAUCCUUGGUAAAACUGGCGAAGCGCAUUUUUAUACAGUCCGAAACAAUCACAUCUGAUGCAGAUAGUGUUACUAGUUCAUAUGACGUGGAGACUGUACCAAACCAUCUUACAGAUGGAAAUCUUGAGGGAGACGUUAUGCAUCACAUAGAAAGGCUUUACGACCUGAUGAAGCGCGCAGAAAAUAAGCUCUUACCCGGAGUCCUUAGCUCCAGCUCUCAAAGCAAAUUAAGCGAUCAUAGCAGUGCGAGUGAUCCUCAUGCCAAUUUUGAGCACCCCCAACUCCAAGCACGUACUUACCAAUCGUCAAGCGAAACGCAUAUGAAUGGGAUACCAGAGGUCGUGGCACCUUUGCCACGAGCUCCAUCAGCGCAUGUAUUAAGCCCCACAGGAGAUUCGCGAUCAGAAGAAACUAGCGAUGGCAUUGUUCCUUCCUUUGAAACGUUUUCCGAUACCCAUAGCUUGCUCGCCUCUCAGCAUUCAGAUCACCCAUCACUUGCUCAUCAAACCGAAGCUCUGCUAAGCGAUCUGAAAGACAAGACUUCACUGAUAAAUAAGCUAUCCGAUGAGCUUGCUGAGCGAGAGGCACUUAUAGUGCAAUUGUCAAACACCGAUAAUACAAUUUGUUCAAAAUUAGAGGAGAAAAUUAAGACUCUUGGUGAGGACUUACAACGACAACUUGAAAAGAAUAGAGAAUUAGAGAAACAGCUAGCCAAAAGCAAUGAUCUUAGCACAUCUUUGAUAAAACUGGAGUAUAGGCAAUUGGCCUAUGAAUAUAUGCUCCAUUUGUUAGUUUCUGAUCCGUCUGUAUCCUUUAGAGCCAGCCUCGCAUUUAACUCUGCAGUAAUCCCGGACGCCUCUUCCUUAAGUGCUGAACUUGCAAAACUACUUAUCAGUAAAAACCUUCUUAAGAUGUCUGAGUGUUCAACUGUGCUCCAAACUUCUCUCAAGCCGCUUCUCGAUUUGAUUCCUUCUGUAACGGAUAGAUCUGUCCAGGAUGCGCCAUUUCUUUGCGAAAUUAUAUCUCAGGAAUUAGAAAAUGAUGCGAUUGAACCCACAUCAUUACCGGUUGUCGGUCGCAGACCUCAUUCUCCUGAUUCCCAUCUCAUCACAGAGAGUUUCAUCAGACAAGAAAAUGCAGACUACUUUUACCUCAAUCACGAUAACAAUACUCCUUUGAUGAACGCAGUCUUGGCAGAAAAUAUCACUGCUGUGCGUGGGCUUCUCCACUAUGCUCGGCAAAUAAACAAUAAAGGCGAAACAGCAUUAAUGCUGGCAAUACCUACCCGUAACGAAGAAAUAAUUCAUAUGCUGAUUGGCCUAGAAGCCGGGCAUGUUUGUUCCAAUGGAGAUAGUGCAUUGCUCAGGUGUCUUCGCUUAGGCGAACUUAAGCUUGCCGAGCUAUUAACAGAUGAUGAAGGGGUACGUAUUACUGGCACAUCCUAUCAGGGUAUGGAAGGAGAGAAUAGGCCACCUGAAAUACUUAACGCGGCAUCGGACGGAGACAUAGUCAAGGUGUGGUCUCUCCUCCCCUAUCAGAAGCGUAUGACAGAUGCAACUGGGCGUACUUCUCUAAUGCUUGCAGCAGACGCGGGGAACAUAUCACUAGUUAAGCUUCUGUGUACUCAUGAGUGCCAAAUGCGCGAUACAUCCGGUCGCACAGCCCUAAUGAUAGCUGCUGCCAACAAUCAGGUAGACGCCGCUUUAUGCUUGCUACCUAGCGAGGCUGGGAUGCAGAGCAAUGAUGGAAAGACUGCGCUUAUGUAUGCAGCCGCACACAACAGUCUGGAUUGUUUGAAAGCUCUUGCUCCUCACGAGUCUGGAAGAAAAGCAAUAAAAGAAGAUGGUUCGGGAUUGGGAUACACUGCAUUGAUGGUCGCAGCAAACAAGGGACACAUCAAUGCCAUCCGCUUGUUGCUCCCAUACGAACAGGAUUUACGCGAUAAAAAGGGCCGAAGUGCGGCUGAGUAUGCCAAAUCAGAGGUUGCAAAGAACGAGUUCACACAGAAUAACUAA